UCGAAGAACUUCCUAAGCAAGUGGUAAGCAAACGGGUAAAGGCAAGUGUUUAAAGUGACAAAGUAAAAGUAUGUUGUGGUGAACAGUGGCCAGUGGAAGCAGCUUAGUGGAAUUGUUGGUCCUAAAAAUGUAUCUUAAGCUGUGCUGCACACUGCUCAUCGCGAUCGGACACUCGCUCGAUCGUGUCACGGCAGGUUUUGAGGAUCAAGCCAAGAUUUAUGCCAGCAAUGGCCACAUCAUUUUCGAGUCGGCGAUGGAUAAGAAUAUUACCUUCUACCUGAAGGGCGGUGGACACGUGAACAUCGGUAGCCAAAGCAUUGAUCAAAUGCUCCAGACGGCCACCAAAAUGGUGCUCAACGGUCGCGCUUCGCUGAGUGACGGCGGUGGACAGAUGUUCCUGCCUGCGGGGGGCAGUAUCGCGGACCAGGUUCAAAUGCUCACCACCUACGUCGGUGGUCCCUUCGGGCUGAUCAAACGGGUGGAGAAGCUUGAACAGGAUUCAUCGACACGCAACGUAACACCGGUGAGUCCGCGCAUCAGUGCACUGGCACGCCGGAUCAGGGCAGUCGAGACGAAGCUGACCGCACUGCAGCAAAGCCUGCAGCAGACCGAUUACUGCCGUAGCGGUCCGUGCCAGAACGGUGGUACCUGUCUGAGCAUGUACAACUCGUUCCUGUGCCUCUGCCCCAGCAACUGGGAGGGCCAAACGUGUACGACGGACGUGAACGAGUGUGCCCAGUUUGCGGGCACCGAUCUCGGUUGCCAGAAUGGAGCGUCGUGUCAGAACCAGCACGGUGGGUACUCCUGCAUCUGUGCCGACGGUUGGCGCGGUAUCCACUGCAAUACGCGCACGCAGGACUGUGCGACGUCGGGGGCCGAACUGUGCGGUCAUGGGGUGUGCGUGCAAUCGAAGGACGGUUAUCGGUGCAUCUGCGAUCAAGGCUGGAAGAAGAACGGCGUAACAGAGGCCUGCAAUGUGGACGUGGAUGAAUGUACCGAGUCGCGGCCCCACUGCUCCAAGGAUCCGGAAGUGAGCUGCAUCAAUCUGCCCGGUUCGUUCGUCUGCGGUACGUGCCCGGCCGGCUACACUGGCAACGGCUUUUACUGCGUCGACAUCAACGAGUGCGAGACGAACAAUGGCGGUUGCAGUACGGCACCAUCGGUGCCCUGCAUCAACACAAGGGGUUCAUUUCGUUGUGGUAGCUGUCCAGCCGGCUAUGCAGGCGAUGGAAAAACAUGCCUGGCGCAGGGUUCCCGCUGCACACCGGGCCUAUGCCAUGCGAUGGCUCGCUGCGUUGACUAUGGCAGCGCGGCACCGAGCUGUGUCUGCUUGCCGGGCUACACUGGUUCCGGGUUUGGCGCUUCUGGCUGUGUCCGUAGCUCGUGGAACCCGUGCGCUAGUGCACCAUGUCGGAACGGUGGAACUUGCGUGAAAACGGAUCCCCAAAACUUUAGCUGCCUGUGCCCACCGGGGACAAAUCCACCGCUCUGUAUGCGUACCUCUUCGCCGUGCGAGUCAAAUCCGUGCCAAAACGGUGGCACCUGUGCACCGAUGGGGAACCGUUACGUUUGUCGCUGCCCACCAGGCUAUACCGGAUUCCGGUGUCAGGCACAGGCGCGGGCGUGUGGUGGCAUACGGUCCGAGCUAAACGGUACACUGCAAUAUCCGGAGCUGAACGGCACGACGUACAGUCACAAUGCCCGUUGUGCGUGGAUGAUCAAAACGAACGAAACGAAGGUCCUGAAUGUCACGUUCAGCCAGUUCCGGCUGGAGAAUCCCGUCUCUAGUGGGGAGUGUAAGUUUGAUUGGUUGCAGAUUCACGAUGGACGUUCUUCGGCGGCACACAUGAUCGGACGGUUCUGUGGCAACCGAUUACCGCACGGGGGUAACUUCAUUUCAACGCACAACAUGCUGUACCUGUGGUUCCGCUCGGACAACUCGACCUCUCACGAAGGUUUUACACUGCACUGGGAGAGCAUUGAUCCGGUGUGUGGUGGUGCGAUCGCAGCCACCAGCCACGGUGUCAUCGCAUCGCCCGGCACACCCGGUAACUAUCCACCGAAUCGGGACUGCAAGUGGUACGUACGGGCCGAGCCGGGACGGCGCCUCCUCUUCACCUUCUUCACGAUGAAGAUCGAAGCGCACGAAAGCUGCCAGUACGAUUUCGUGCAGAUUACGGAUGGCGUGAGCGAUGAUGGUCCCCUGCUGGCCAAAUACUGUAACACCUCGCAUCCCGAACCACUGACCUCGCUCAGCAACGAGGCCACGGUGUACUUCCACAGUGACGAGGAUGGCAAUGAUGCCGGUUUCCAGAUUAGUUACGCCGUGAUCGAGGGUGUGCCCGGCUGUGGCGGUAGAUUUACGCAACGGGAAGGCGUCAUCAGUUCACCGCUCUCCCAGACGGACAACGUGUACCCGAACAAUUUGAACUGUGAGUAUCUGAUCAGCCUACCGAUCGGGAGCCGGGUGGAAAUCCGGUUCACCAAGUUCCAUCUAGAGGCCAGCGAGGACUGCAAGUUCGACUAUCUGGAGGUGUUCGAUGGGCGCACCACGGACGAUCCGUCGCUCGGCAAGUUCUGCGGUGAUCGGUUACCGGCCGGUUACACCUCCACCGGUAACGCGCUGCUGCUCAAGUUCCACACGGACUGGUCGGCACCGAAGCCUGGCUUCACGAUGACGUACAAGAUCAAGUGCGGCGGUACGUUUAACGAUCCGGAGCAGGAGCUCAUCUCACCGUCGUACCCGGCGGUGUAUCCGGCCAAUCAGCUGUGCGAUUAUGUGAUACACGCACCCCUCGGUAAGGCGAUUGCGCUCGAGUUCCAGGACUUUGACAUCGAGAAGAACAGCUUCCCGAAGUGCGAGCUGGAUUACGUGGAGCUGUACGAUGGGCUGCUACCGUCGAACCAGACGCUGAUCGGCCGUUGGUGCAGUACGAAGCCACCGCCGCGAUCCCUCUCCACCAAGAACGUAAUGCUGAUGCGCUUCGUGACGGAUGGUUCCGUGGCGGGGCGCGGAUUCAAGGCCAACUUUACCUUCUUCGAUAUCAGCUGUGGCGGUGUGCUGACGCGCGAGGACAUGAUCAUCCGUUCGCCGAUGAUCGCGGAGACGGGCAAGUACCAGCACAAUGCCCGCUGCGAGUGGAUCAUUGUGGCACCGGCUGGGCACGCGAUUCAGCUGAGCUGGAACAGCUUCGAGCUCGAGCUUAGUGGUAAUUGUGUGUACGAUUACGUGGAGGUGUUUGAUAACUCGACGCUAGCGGACAGUCUGGUGGGACGGUACUGCGGUACCCAGAAACCACCGACCAUCACCAGCUCGGGCUCGAUGAUCACCAUACGCUUCGUGACGGAUUCGUCCUCCUCGAAGGAUGGUUUCAGUGUUGCCUUCACUUUUAUGGAUGUAGAAAAGUCUUGCGGUGGUAACUUUUUCUCGACGAACGGCAUGAUACGCUCGCCCGGGUGGCCCAACCUGUACCCCUCGAGCAAGGUGUGCGAAUGGGUCAUCAACGUACCGAUGGGCAUGCAGAUCCGGCUGCUCGUAAACUCGUUCGUGAUGGAGAAACACCGGACCUGCCGGUUCGAUGGGCUCACGAUACGGAACGGUGGCACCGAGAACUCACCACUCAUCGGCACGUUCUGUGGUGAGCAGGACUUUAACGGUACGAUCUCGUUCGGCCACCAGCUGUAUCUGCGCUUCUUCUCGGACAGUUCGCGCAACUACAAGGGUUUCCUGAUCGAGUGGGAUGCUUCGACGACCGGGUGCGGUGGGGUGCUGACCGCACCGAAGGGUGCCAUCAUCUCACCCAACUAUCCCUUCCCGUACGGGCAGAAUACGCAGUGCUCGUGGCGCAUCACCGCCAGCCAGGGUUCGGCCAUCCACAUCGUGUUCACCGAUCUCGACAUGGAGAGCCACCGGUCGUGCCAGUACGACUAUGUGGAAAUCUACGAUGGGUACGAUAUCGGUGGCACCAAGCUGGGUCGCUUCUGCACAACCGAGAUGGAACCGCUCGUCCUGAACACGGUCAGCAACCAUGCGUACCUGCAGAUGCGCACCGAUGACACGAACCAUGGCCGAGGCUUCCAGUUGAAGUACAACGUGAUCUGCAAGCGAAACAUUACCGGGUAUGGGGGUGUAAUUGAGUCACCGAACUUCCCCAAUCCUUAUCUACCCUCGAUGGACUGCCACUGGACGAUCCGGGUGGCGCGCGGUAACCGAAUCCGGCUCGAGUUCUCACACUUUGAUCUGGAAUCGAUCAGCCAGGGCAGCAGCAGCAGCAGCAGCAGCAGCGCCACCGCCAGCAACACUAACCACCGGUGUCCAUUCGAUUACGUGGAGUUGCGUGAGACGUCCGGUGAUAUGCAGGCGGCGCGUAGUUACUGUGCAUCCCGUCCACCACCGUACGUGAGCUUGGGCAACACGAUCGAUGUGAUCUUCCGCACGGACAACAGUGGCGAGCAGAUGGGUUUCCGGCUCGACUGGACCAUCGAAGGGUGCGGUGGUCAGCUGAGCAAACCGGUCGGCACCCUGUCCACACCGAACUAUCCGCAACCGUACCCGAAGGACACCGAGUGUCUGUGGACGAUCGUGGCGCAGCCGGGCCAACAGAUCGAGCUGACCGUGCAGGAGUUCCACAUGGAGACGAGCGACAACUGUCGCUUCGAUGGGCUGAUGAUCGCGAACGAUGCCAACUAUUCGCAGCUCAUCACGACCGUUUGCCACGAGCAGACCGACCUGAUCCGUGUCGUCAGUGCGGGCCACGUGCUGUACGUUAAGUUCUACAGCGACAGCUCGUACUCGUACCGUGGGUUCUAUGCGAGCUACCGGACCCAAGAGGCCAGCUGCGGUGGAACGUUCCUGCUGCACGAGGGUAGCUUUACGUCACCCAACUACCCGGCAAACUAUCCGAUGAAUGCAUCCUGCGAAUGGUUGAUCAAGACGGACGCUUCACACACGCUACAGUUUAGGAUCGAUGAGCUGUCGAUCGAACGAUCACCAAACUGUUCGAGUGAUGCGCUCCGGGUGUACGACGGGAGCAUGCGAGCGGAUAACAAGCUGCUGCUGACGCUCUGUGGCUCGGAACCGAACAUCACCAGCAUCUCGUCCGUCGGGCACGAGCUGUUGGUGACGUUCGACUCGAACGAUCAGUACACCAACAGGGGCUUCAAGGCGAGCUACGCUACGAACUGCGGAUCGCGCAUCGUUGCCAACGCACCGGGCACCAUUCAGCUAAAGAAUGCGCACAAGACACGGUCGGAUAAUUGCACGUGGGUCCUGGUGGCACCGCAGGAAUCGCAACACAUCACACUGACCAUCAGCCACAUGAGCAUCAUGGAUUCGGACGGUGACUGUUACGCGACGAUCGCCGUGUACGAGGGAUAUGAUAGCGAUGGCCCGGCCCGAUUCGAAGGUUGCGGUAACCGUGUACCACCCACCAUCGUGAGCCGCGGUAACGCCCUGACGGUCGUGAUCAGUUCGGAAGAUCUGUUUUUCUCCAAGCUCGAUAAUGUGUUCGUGGAGAUCAGCUACACGACGCUGGACAAUGCUUGCGGUGGACGGAUCGGAUCGCUGACGGGUGAGAUCGCUUCACCAAACUAUCCCGACUCGUACCCCGCGAAUGUGGAGUGCGUCUGGGAGGUGGUGGCAUCGCCCGGGAACAAAAUCUCACUGUACGUUCGCGAAAUCGACAUCGCGACCUCGGAUGAUUGCAACGGUGACUAUCUGGAGGUCCGCGAGCAGAGUGCGGACGGUCGGCUGAUGGGCGAUUUCUGCGGAACGAUACCACCGACCAAUCUGACCAGCGCCAGCAGCUUGUGGAUCAAGUUCCGCUCGGUUGGACCAACGGUUGCGAAAGGAUUUUUGGCCGAGUACUCGUACGACUCGCUUAGUGAGCUGAGUGGCAGCAGUGGAACCAUCUCGUCACCACUCUACCCCCGGAGUUACUCACGCUCGGAAACCGUUAGCUGGCGUGUUUCGGUCGAGUUGGGUUCGGUGGUUGCGAUGAGUUUCAGCAAAUUUGCCGUCGAUCGUCCAGCCGAAUCACCGGCAAUGUGUGAUGGAUCGCUCACGAUUUACGAUGGAUACGAUGAUGGUGCUGCGGUGCUCCUGGCGGCCUGUGGCUACGUACAACCGGAUCCCGUGACGUCGACCACGAACGUCGUUUAUCUCGUGCUCGACCAUACCGAUGUGAUGGAUUCGUCCUCGUUCUCGCUGACCUGGCAACAGAAGGUGGUAAGCAGCGCAGGGGCGGCGACGGUAGCUGCCACCAACAUGGAACUGUUCUGCGGUGGCCACAGCGUAAUAGCGUUCAACGAUACGGAGAUGGUGUAUAAUUUGACGUCCCCCGGUUACCCGUACGGGUACGCGAAUGGGCUGAACUGUAGCUGGAUCUUCCAAUCGACCAUCCCGACCUAUCACCCGUUCCUGAUGUUCGAUCUGGUCGAUCUGGAGGAAUCGAGCGAAUGUUUGUCGGAUUACGUCGAGGUGUUCAGUUCCGUGGAUCUCGCCACGUGGAAAUCCCAAGGACGCAUCUGUACCUACGGCUACCGAGUACCGCGUACGUUCCACGGGGCGCCACAUUUGAGGCUGGACUUCCGUAGCGAUUACUUCCAGAAUCGGACCGGGUUCGCUGGGAAGGUGCUGUUGCGCUGUGGCGGGUACUUGACCGAUCCGAAUGGUGUGAUCACGCAGCCCAACCCCGUACCGUCCCUAUCCUCCACGAGGCCGAUGCGAAUGAUGUGGAUGGACCAGAUGGAUGCUUGUAGCUGGAACAUUAGUGUCCGCGCGGGGCGUACGAUCGAGUUCAGGUUCGAGCAGCUUAACAUCAGCUCGAACGGUGUGCGCACCGGUUCGGUAACGAUACGGAACGGCAUCGAUGAGUAUUCGCCGAUGAUUGGCGUCUACAGUGGUACCGAUCUUCCGUCCGCCCUGACCACCGCUAGCAACCGGGCCUUCGUACGCCUUCGGAUGAGCACCGCAGGGCCCACCACGUUCCGGCUAGUGUACCGAGAGGUAUCGGUCGAGUGUGGUGGUAACGUGCUACUGAACCAGCAGUACAAAACGGUCCUCUUCACGACGCCCAACUAUCCGUUGCUACCGCCACCCCACAGUGAGUGCAUCUGGACGGUGCUGGCCCCGGCGGGGGAGCUGCUGCAGGUCAAGUUCCUCGAUCAACCACCAUACUCCCGGUACGCGUCCUGCAUGCAGGAGUACGUGCAGGUGCGGGACGGUGUGACGGAAGCCGGACCGGAGCUGCUACACACGUGCCGGUACGAUCUGACGCGCCCUCUCGUGACGACCACCAACGCACUGAUGGUGAAGUACUUCAACGAGCUUGCCGAUUCGAGUGGUGGGUUGCGAAUCAACGUGACGCUCACCAAGUGUGGUGGCUUUUUCCGCGGCCCAUCCGGUACGAUCACGUCGAAGAACUACCCGCUGGCCGGUGGCUAUCCAGCGUCGAGUGUGUGCGAGUAUCACGUACAGCUGCCGGGUCUCGGUAGCAUGGA